AUGUUAUCUUUUGAGCAAACAUUACAAAAAAUUACAACCCUGUGCAACCAAUGCCCUAGUCUUCGAGAAGGGACUCGUAAAGAUCUCACCUUCAAGACGUUUUCCAAUGCUCCAGUUACCAAUGCUGAAGAAGGAAUGUGGUAUUCAGUUAACUUAACUCUUGAUUCCGUAUUUGGUCGCGACUGUAUCAAGAAGAACAUAUCAAAAGGGACCUUUGGACUUCCACUGGUGGUCGAAUGGGUCCGGAAAGCUCAAAAGCAUCAGACAUGGGACGGCGAUUGUGAUAAGUUGAUAAGGGUCAAGCUGGACAAUAUUAUAUCGGCGCUCAAAGAUGCAGGAGCUGAGGAUAACGAAUCUGAAGAGCCGAGCGUCUCAAAAUCGGUGGGUGGUACGAAACGACGGAUUGUGUCCAACCCAAAGACCUCAAAGACUCCAAAGCCUCCAGCCAAGCAACCAAAGACAACUUCUACAAACGACUCAAACAUCAUUGUCUUGUCCUCUGACGACGAGGUGGUAAUCACAAAGGUUACCAUUCGAGGCACCACUAAGAAAGCUCAAAAGCAAGUCAAAAAAACGAACGUACUCGGAUUGUGCCCGUUAUCAACCCCAGACAAUACCUGCAAGCGAUGCAAGGUGGAAGAGCGUCCUGGAGGCAAAGAAUUCUCAUGCCAUUGUGGUGCCAAGCCAAUUUGGCUGGACAGUGGUCGUGUAAGAUCAGCAGAAGCUCACUGGGCUAGUGCAACUUGUAAGGACAAAACCUGUGGUCUCACAAAGACUACUCAGUUGACUUCUUAUUUCCAGUCUUCGACAGCCCUGAAUCCGAAUUUGAUUGAGGUAACUUGUCCUGGACUCAAUGACAACACAUGGAAGCGAGAUCGAGCUACACAAAGCAUCACAUCUUUUAUCUCAAAGACUCCUAGCAUUUAUUGUGGUAACUACCGACACGAAAUCUGUAGAAGUCUUUUUGGAAGCCAGGCUCAAGAGAGCAAGUUGUCAAAAGAACACAACUGUACAAAGACUUUUCUUCGUCGAAAGAGAAACAACAAGAAAUUGAUAUGCGAUGCUUGUGAAGAAGUCAAAGAAAACCGUAGCUUACUCCGAGCCAUCAAUACUAAAUUUGCCGACGACAAAACAUUCAAGUACUCUCGGAACACUUACCACGAGGACAACAACAACUGCUUCUCACCUACUUUAUUGAAACUUAGCGACUGUCGCCUCCUCUGCACAUCUAUUGACACAGCUGCAAAUGGUGAUUUUGGAAAUUUCAUGACAGUUGUUGCAGCAUCAUCUCGGAAUGGACUGUUUGAUAAUCGGGACGCGACACGUGGCUUGAUCAAGGCCGUUGCAAUCAAGGCUGCACGGGAAAACACUGGAAAGACAACUCGAGGGAUGAAAAUCGAUUCGUGUCUAGACGAGUUUGUGAUCACUCUGGGUGCCAUCAGCCCACGGGCUCUAAGUCUCUUCAACGACAACUUUGCAGGCCGUAGUAAUCGAAGUCUACGGAUGAUAAGAGCAAAAGAAGGAAUGCAUCUUCUUGAUGGUCUUCACAUCGCAAAUUUCAAUCGAAUCUCUCAAGUGCUGAAAGAUCUUGGCUACUCUGGUCCAGUCGCAGCUGCUUCAGAUCAGACAGUGUGUGUAAAGCGCCUUCGCCAUUAUAAUGGAUGUUUGGUUGGGGCUCAAGGUGGGGAUAUUCCUUUCAAGGAUGCUUCUGAGCUCCCAGAUCUGGUCAAAUCAGUUGUAAAGAAGAAAGAUCUCUGCUCAAAAUGUAUCCCCUUUGAACAGAUUCGAGCUUAUACACUGCAGGUUCCCUUGCCUAAUGUCCCAACUUUUGUAGUGGCUCUGAUCGCUAGUUGUGAUAAGGAGACUUCAAAUGACAUACUCGACAACCACAUCAAGUUCCUUAAUUUAGCAGAGGAAUCUGGUAUCAAUAUUCUUUCGCUUGGUGCAGACGGCGCACCAACUGAGCUAUGUGCUCAAUCUGCACUCGCGGAAACAGCAACUCAAUUUAUAUCAUACUCGAACUCAACGUACAACGUCCACAUCAAGGUCUCUCUUAUGGGUCAUCCUCCACGACCAAUUGUAAUGGUACAAGACCCCAAACAUGCUCGUAAGACUGGUGCAAACCAGCUGGGAUCCGGAGCUCGUCUAAUCAUCAUAGGCAAGUAUCAUGUCUCUAUACAACAGGUUGCGGCGAUUCUCCAGUCGGGCCGCAGUCCACUACUUCAUAAAGACGUAUUUGACUGCGACAAACAGGACGAUGGGCGAGCAUUUCGCACUUUGAACUCGUCCACACUAGCAGUUUCAGUUGCCGAAGACGACAGGCUUGGUUUAUCGAUCUACCUCUAUGUGAUUGGCAAGAUGUGUGAUGCCUGGCUGAACCAUUGGAUCGGACAUCGUGAACGCAUCCGAUCAGCGUGGACUGCCGAGUUUUUUUUUAGACUUUGGAAGAAGGACCUUCUCAAACGACAAGCUGAGCCUCACAAGCUCAUGAGUUUUUCUCAAAACUGUAUAUCGGCUCAAAGUUUCAAAAUAUUUUCAACUCUUGCUACCUCCUUACUCCAACUCAUCAUAGCUCAUCGAGAGUUCUAUCCGACCUACCCAUUACUCCCAUGGAAACACGGCAGCGAGCCCUGUGAACACGUCUUCGGCUGGAUGCGUAUUAUUUCGCCAAGAUUCACAGUUCUCAACGCUCGGAUGAUGAUGCCGAAGAUUCACGCGAUCGUCAAGAAUAUCAUGGCGGGAACAAUCAAAAUACCGCCGUCUGAACACAUGCAUUCUGGAUACCAGUAUGCUUUCUCCGACGAACCUGAAAACGAAAAUCUCAAGUUUCUUGCGGAAUUCCCGACUGAUGAAGAGAUCUCAGAAGAUCUUGCAAUUGCCUAUGAGCGAGCCAAUCAGCUUGCACUUGUCUGUGGUAUGAAUUCACUCAAUUCUCUCAUUGAGAACGUUCUGGGGCCAAAUUUGGAUGAAUCGAUUGAAAAUUCACCUGAAGACUUAUCAGAUAUAUCGGUUUGUGCUACUCAACUCUAUGAUAUUGAAUAUGGAUACACAGCUCGCAACAUUUGCGAAAAGGAAGCCCUUGAAGCAGCUGCACAUUUAACCAAGGAACAGAAUGCCAUAGACAUGUGUCUUGAAGCCUUGCCUGAAGAUGCUGAAAGUGAAUGCUUACAGAAUGCAGCAAUGUCUAUAUCAAAUCUUCUCAAUCCAGCACUACUCUCUUGCUUCAAUAGCUGUAGCUCAGAAUCAUCAAAACUCAAAUGA